AUGCAGAUUGAGUGCGACAAAGCUAACAGGAGGAGGACCUAUCGUAGUGAGUACGAGCAGCAGUGUUUCAAUCAACGACGCCUAGCUCAACCGAUUCAGGACUUUCCUUGGCUUGAAGUGCGCGAUAUUCCUAGCAUCAAUGGACGAGGAAUAUUCGCUAAAACUCGCAUAUUGAAGGACCAAAUUGUUUGCGACUACAGGGGCCUAUUUUUGACUGUGGAAGCGCGAGACAGGAUGCUAGAGCAUAUGACCCGUGAAGAGUCGGAAUUGGUUGGCGACUAUGAAGUUAGCUACCUGGGCUAUAUAUACGAUCCCAAAGGCAAGGCAGCUCGACAGGCGCAGGAUUACUCAAUCCUUGCCCAUGAUCCCAUAUACAAGGGCGCUGUAGUACUGGGUCGUCUAUUCAACCACAGUCGAAAGCAUGCCAACCUCAAACCUCUGCAUCCACUCGCUCGUUUUCGACCGACCAGGGGAAUCAGAGCGAGCACAUAG